UGACCGAUUAAAGGGAUGGAGCUAAUAAAAUAUCUUUCUCAACUACAUAGCAGUAUAUAAGCAAGAAAAUUAUAUCAUGAAACAUUCUUGUGCUAGCGGCAUGAAUAAGAGAGCAUUACAUGUGAACAGGUCCUAGUAUUUUAUUGUUACUGUUUGGGUAAGGCCUGGUGGAUUGUGUGACAAAACAAAAGGAGCCUAGCACCCAGGGGCAUCAUGUUUCAACCACUACGUUUUUACCAUUGCUGUAAUUUUGCUAAAGGUGUUAAUUGUUGCUUUUGUAACAUUUGCAAAAUAGAAACCUUUUUCUGCCUUUUUUAGUAAGAUGAGAGUCGCAUGUGUGGUUGUUUGGGAGAAUGAGAAUUUUAAUAGCUGUUUUGAGUUUUUAGUUCUGGCAAAUUAUCAUGUCUUCCAUGUGUUUUUUCUUCUAUGUUAUGUUAGUAUUUGUUAGUAGUAGAUGUAGUAUUGUAAGUAGUGUUGAUGUGGAUGUUGAUUAUGGAUGUAUGUAUCUGCAGCUUGUGAGUUAUGUCCAUAUUGUAUUGUAAGUAACUGUUGUAUUGUAAUUAGUGUAACUGCAUGCACUGAAAAAUUAAAAAAAUUCAUGUCUCGGGAAUUCAAUUAGUAACACCCAAGUAAAGAUGAACAGCCAAGAGGUAGAGUGGAUAAGGGGGAAUAAAUGCCAGGACAUGCAAACAAUAUAUCUUCAGUGAUCAUAUAUUUCUCUUGUUUGUUUUAACUCUGCAGGCCAAAGUAUGUGAAGACAUGUUUGCAGGACUUGCAAAAGAAUGCCAAAUUGAGGUUCUAGGUUGGAGGGAUGUACCAUUUGAUAACAGCAUGAUUGGAAAAACUGCUGUGGAAAGUCAGCCACUAAUGAGACAGGUGUUUGUGACAAGCUCACUGGACCAGGAAACUUUCAAGAAGCAGGUUUAUCUCUUGAGAAAAAUGGCAUCAAAUAGGAUUGGUACAAAAAAUCGACGAUUUUACAUCUGCAGCUUAUCCUGUGACACAAUUGUCUAUAAGGGAAUGUUGAAACCAACACAGCUUAAAGGUUUUUUUCCUGAUCUACACUCUGAGGAUUACUGGACCCACUUUGCCUUGGUUCAUGGUAGAUUUUCAACAAACACAUUUCCAAGUUGGGAGAGAGCUCAUCCAAACAGAUAUCUAGCCCACAAUGGAGAGAUCAACACGAUAAGAGGGAACAUUAACAACAUGAACACAAGAGAGGGAACCAUGUUCAGCAAGUACUAUGGCAGCAACACACAAAACCUGUUUCCAGUUAUAGAAGCAGACCUGUCAGACUCUGGUUGCGUUGAUAAUGUGCUUGAACUUCUUGUCAUGGCAGGAGGCCGCUCACUUCCAGAGGCCAUAAUGACAAUGGUGCCAGAAGCUUGGCAAGGGAACAGUCUGAUGAGUAUGGAAAAACAACAUUUUUAUCGCUGGAUCUCCUGUACAAUGGAGGCGUGGGAUGGUCCUGCCUUGUUCACAUUCUCUGAUGGGCGGUAUAUUGGAGCCAUUCUAGACAGGAAUGGUCUGCGUCCGUCACGAUACUAUGUGACGAAACAGGGUUUCAUGGUAAUGGCAAGUGAAGUAGGAGUCAGCACUUUCCCUGAUCAAGAAAUUGUACAAAAGGGUCGUUUACGACCAGGAAGAAUGCUUCUUGUGGACACAGCAAUGGGCUCUGUGGUUGAGGAUCAUGAACUAAAACAUGAGAUGGCCAGUUUGCGACCUUGUAGUGAACUGCUCAAGAAAAGUGUCAGGACACUGGAGGAUAUCCACCAAGCAUACCAGACCUCUAAGAGCCUUUCUGCUGGUGAAGUGCAAUUGAUUCAGCACCCCUCCGAAAAUGAGUUGAUUCACAGAGACAGGAGGUUGCCCAUGUUUGGCUAUUCUCUGGAGGAUCUGAACUUACUGAUAUUGCCAAUGGUCAAAAACAAGAAAGAGGCUCUUGGUUCCAUGGGUAACGAUGCACCUCUGUCCUGUCUGACAAUGUACCCACAGUCAGUGUUUGACUACUUCAAGCAACUUUUUGCACAGGUGACAAAUCCUCCCAUUGAUCCAAUCCGGGAGAAAAUUGUCAUGUCACUGGCAUGCCCUGUUGGUCCAGAGCCUAACCUUCUUGAGCCUAAUGUGGCAGAGUGUCACCGAGUGUAUUUGGAUCAUCCUAUCCUGUCUUGCGCAGAUGUAGAGGCCAUCAAAGGAAGCUGUUUGUCUUGGUGUAAAUCUCAGACUAUUGACAUGGUUUACCCCGUGGAUGAGGGAGUCAAUGGUCUUGUUCCUGCAAUUGAUAGAAUUUGUAAAGAGGCCUCUGAAGCUGUAGAGAAUGGAUGUGCAUUUAUUGUGUUAACUGACCGAGCUGCUGGAAGAAAACAUGUUCCUAUGAGCUCACUGCUGUCAUUAGGGGCUGUCCAUCAUCACCUGAUCAGAAUGAAGCAAAGGUCACAAGUUGGACUAGUUGUUGAAUCAGCUGAAGUGAGAGAAAUCCAUCAUUUUUGUGUUCUGUUGGGUUACGGAGCAGAUGCCGUUUGCCCAUACUUGGUUUUUGAGACUGUUGCAAAUCAGCGUGAUCAAGGACUGCUGGACCCUCCUCUCUCAGACAAAGAUAUCGUUGAAGGCUAUACUGCUGCUGUACGGAAGGGUAUUGCUAAGGUCAUGGCAAAAAUGGGAAUUUCUACUCUACACAGUUACAAGGGUGCUCAAAUAUUUGAAGCUGUUGGACUUGCAGAGGAGGUGAUAGACAAGUGCUUUGUGGGAACAGCGUCACGACUGAGUGGAGCAACAUUUACAGUCUUAGCUCAAGAGGCUCUGAGCAAACACAGUGUUGCAUUUUCUGAUCGUGACUGUGACAAUGUCUUGGUAAACAAUAAGGGUGAAUAUCACUGGCGUGAAGGUGGAGAAAAGCACAUUAAUGAUCCAAGAUGCAUUGCAAACUUGCAGGAUGCAGUAAGGAUGAAGAAUCAACCUUCCUACCAGAAGUAUAGUGAGACCUCCAUCGAAGUGGUUCGUUCCUGCACACUGCGUGGACAGUUGCAGAUCAAAUUUGCCAAGAAACCCUUGGACAUAUCUGAAGUGGAACCAGCUUCAGAAAUUGUCAAGAGAUUUGUGACAGGUGCCAUGAGUUUUGGUUCCAUUUCGUAUGAGACUCACUCAACCCUUGCUAUGGCCAUGAACAAGAUUGGAGGUAAGAGUAACACAGGUGAAGGUGGUGAGGAUCCCUUGAGAGGAAGUGACAACAACACCAGGUCUGCCAUCAGACAAGUGGCUUCUGGAAGAUUUGGAGUAAAUGCUUGGUAUCUUGCAAUGGCUGAAGAUUUGCAGAUUAAAAUGGCACAGGGAGCCAAGCCUGGUGAAGGAGGAGAGUUACCUGGAUAUAAGGUCUCUAAAGAAAUUGCAAAGACUCGCAAGUCUGUGCCUGGUGUUGGCCUUAUCAGCCCUCCACCUCAUCAUGAUAUUUACUCCAUUGAAGAUUUGGCUGAGCUCAUUUACAAUUUGAAGUGUUCCAAUCCUCAAGCUCGAGUCAGUGUGAAGCUGGUGUCUGAAGUGGGAGUGGGUGUAAUUGCUGCAGGAGUUGCCAAGGGUCACUCUGAACACAUCGUAAUUUCUGGUCAUGAUGGUGGAACAGGAGCGAGCACGUGGUCAGGCAUCAAACAUGCUGGGUUGCCAUGGGAACUGGGCAUAGCCGAGACCCAUCAAACUCUUAUACUGAACAACCUGCGCAGGAGAGUGGUGCUUCAGGUUGAUGGACAGAUCAGGACUGGUCGUGAUGUGGUGAUUGGUGCACUGUUGGGUGCUGAUGAGUUUGGAUUCUCUACUGCUCCUCUCAUUGCCUUAGGAUGUACCAUGAUGAGGAAAUGUCAUUUGAAUACAUGUCCUGUUGGAAUCGCCACACAGGACCCUGUAUUAAGGAAGAAGUUUGCAGGCAAACCAGAGCAUGUCAUCAACUUCUUUUUCAUGUUAGCUGAGGAGGUUCGUGAGUACAUGGCUAAAAUGGGUUUCCGCAAAUUGAAUGAUAUGAUUGGACGUUGUGACCUCCUGGAGCCAGCAGAACCCCUCAAUGCCAAAGUUAAGCUGUUGGACUUCAGUCCUCUGCUAAUGACUGGUAAUGAAUUGAACCCUGGUGAUCACUUGGGAGGAAGUGAGCCGCAAAAUCACAAACUAGAGCUACGAAAGGACAACCAGCUCAUUGAAGCUGCUAAAGACAUUCUGAACGGAGCUUCAAAGCACCUGUAUCUGGAGAUACCAGUGGUGAACGUGGACCGAGCAUUUGGCACCACUCUCAGCUAUCACAUUGCAAGGAAAUUUGGCGAGAAAGGUCUUCCAGAUGGCACCAUUCACAUCAAAGCAACAGGGUCUGCAGGUCAGAGUUUCGGCGCUUUCCUUUCUCCUGGUAUAACUUUGGAGCUGGAGGGUGACUCAAAUGAUUACGUUGGCAAGGGUUUAGCUGGAGGCAAAAUUAUCGUUUAUCCAAGCAGCAAGCAUCCCGAAAACUACAAAGCGGAAGAAAACAUAAUUGUGGGAAAUGUUUGUUUCUACGGCUCAACUGCAGGCAAGGCCUUUGUGAGAGGCAUUGCUGCUGAACGGUUUUGUGUGAGGAAUUCCGGAGUCACAGCAGUUGUCGAGGGUGUUGGUGAUCACGGCUGUGAGUACAUGACAGGAGGUGUGGCCGUUGUUCUUGGUCCUACUGGUAGAAACUUCGCUGCUGGAAUGUCAGGAGGAAUAGCUUUUGUGCUUGACAGGAAGAAGAGCUUCUAUUCGCGGUGUAAUCAAGAGAUUGUAGACCUGGAGCCUGUUACUGGCGCAGAUGUAGAACUGGUUAAGGGACUGGUACGAGAACAUCAACAGCUGACUGGUUCGACUGUGGCCGAGCGUCUUCUAGAGGACUGGGACAGCUCUGUGAAUAUGUUUGUUAAGGUGAUUCCUCGUGACUACAAAAGAGCGUUGCAGCAACUGAAAGAAGAGGAGGAAGCUGAGAAACUCAAGAACGAAACUCACCACGAGACCAAUGGUGAAAAAAUAAAUGGAGAGAAAACAAACGGAGAGAAGACCAAUGGCGAAAAAACAAACGGAGAAAAGACGAAUGGGUUAAAACAGGACGACUCACCACCUCCAGUCAAGAAAGGAACAGAUUCCAGUUUAGCUGAUAUUGAGGAAGCCAUCCCCGACACAACAAAUGAUCAAAAGGUUAUGGACAGAGUGCUAGAUAAAACCAGAGGGUUUGUGAAGUACCCCAGAAGCAAGGUGAAGUACCGUCCCCCAAAGCAACGAAUGAAGGAUUGGAACGAGAUUUAUUACAACAAAGGAAAAACAGAAUUGAAAGUUCAAGCCGCCAGGUGCAUGGAGUGUGGAGUGCCGUUUUGUCAGUCACACACUGGAUGUCCUUUAGGAAACAUCAUCCCCAGAUGGAAUGACUUGGUGUUCCAGGAUAAAUGGAAAGAGGCUCUGGACCGACUUUUGCUCACCAACAACUUUCCAGAGUUCACUGGUCGAGUUUGCCCUGCCCCGUGUGAGGGUGCUUGUGUUCUUGGAAUCAAUGCUGAACCAGUGACUAUCAAGAAAAUUGAGUGUGCCAUCAUCGAUCAUGGCUUUGAACAAGGAUGGAUUACACCACAGAUUCCCGCUCAUCGAACAGGAAAAAAGAUCGCCAUUAUAGGAAGUGGGCCUUCAGGAUUAGCAGCUGCUGCACAGCUCAACAAGGCUGGUCAUUGGGUUACAGUUUAUGAGAGAAACGACAGGUGUGGAGGUCUGUUGAUGUAUGGCGUGCCACCGAUGAAACUAAGCAAGAAGAUUGUUCAACGUCGCGUGGACCUGUUAGCGGCUGAAGGAAUCAACUUUGUUAAUAAUGCUGAGGUGGGAAAGAAUGUGGAAGCACAACAACUACUACAAGACAACGACGCUGUCCUGUUGGCCGUGGGCUCAACAUGCCCGCGUAACAUUCCUUUGCCAGGCCGUGAUUUGGACGGAAUAUACUUCGCCAUGCAAUUCUUGGAAACCUGUCAGAAAAGGCUCAUGGGUAACUACAACUUGCCUUCCCUUGAUGCCACUGGACUGGAUGUCAUCAUCAUUGGCGGAGGAGACACUGGAGUGGAUUGUAUUGGAACUUCACUCAGACAGAAUGCCAAGAGCAUCACUAAUUUCGAGGUGUUGGGAACACCUCCCAAGAGUAGAAGUUCUACCAACCCAUGGCCUCUGUGGCCAAGAGUCUUCAGAGUUGAAUAUGGUCAUGAAGAGGCUGCUGUAAAAUAUGGAGCAGACCCUCGUGUUUUCAGCAUCAUGAGUAAGGAAUUCAUUGGAGACGAAAAAGGUCAUGUUAAAGGCAUAAGAACAGUAGAAAUCAAAUGGGUUCAGGAUGCCACUGGGAGGUGGACUAUGGAAGAGAUCCCAAACUCAGAAAAAGUGUUCAAAGCCGAUCUAGUGAUCAUAGCCGCAGGAUUCUUAGGGCCUGAGAAAACAUUGGCGGAACAGUUUGGAAUUAAAAAGGACCCCAGAAGUAAUUUUUCCACUGAAAAGAACAAGUUUCUGACCAGUGUUCCUAAAGUGUAUGCCGCAGGAGAUUGUCACCGCGGUCAGUCACUGAUAGUGACAGCUAUUUCUGAAGGAAGACAAGCGGCCCGUCAAAUCGACCUCGACCUCAUGGGUGAAACCUCACUGGCGGGGCCGGGAGGGCAAGUACACAGCAUUAAACCUAUCCCUAAAGAAAUCGAGUUGACCGCUUGAUUGAAAAUCCGCGCCUCACAUGAAAAGGCGCCCGCGAACCGGUUAUAGAUUGCAGUUAUAUAUACUUAGUUGACACCUUAAAUUAAAACAUGGAUUUGAUUCCGACAUUUAGGGCGUUAAUAAUUUAUCUGUGUGUAGAUUUCGCGCAAGAGGUGUUUAUUUUUAUGUCAUCUUAUUGGAAAGAAAAAAAAAAAAAAAACGAAAACAUGGUUACAGAGUACAAAAAACUAACGUUUAUGCCGGGUUAACUUAGAGGAAAUUUAGAAUAUUAUGUCUUAGGUACAAGGGUAUUUAUUUGAUUUUAUAAAACCCUUUGUUGAUAAUUUAUUUGCUCUGUUUUUAAACGGCAAGCUUUCCCGACAUAUUUAACGUAAGAAGGAAACUAUUAAAAACUUGCUACUGAAGAAUUCAUCAACCCAAAUUUAUUAAAUUAAACAACAUGUUUGAUGUUAAAAUAGUUUUAUUGUCCAAGUAAUUUAUAUUUCGUAAAAGAGGUUGUGAUUUUUUAUUUUCGUGAGUACAAAAGUUAUUAAGUAUAGUCGUAACAUAGAACAUAUCUCCAUCGUUACAAACAGGAAAAAAAUCUGGACUUGUUUUUUGUUUACUAGAAUACUCUUAUUUUGAAAAACGAGUCUAAUAAGUAGUUUGAAUUGGAUAUUUAAUUACUGAAAUUACAGGUGAUAUAGGGUUUUAUCCUUUAACUUAAUAUCUAAGGUGUGAUUCCUUAAGUUAAUUCAGUGAAGAUAUACGACCAAUAUAUUGAGCCAGCAAGAAGUUCAUUUGACCAUUCAGCGAAGAUUAGUUUCUAGCCCAGUAUGACCCUGUUGAGCUUUCUGAGCUGUCUUCCGGCGGAAGUCAAAUCAGGAAGUAGAAACGAAGAGUCUUCGCGUACUGUGGUUAUGGUUCGCGAUUCAUAUUUAUUAUAGAAGAACUAUAGACCUUUUUUUUAGCAAUAUGUUAUUGACCGUUUUCCGGAGUGAUGUAUAUAGAUUAACGUUAAUGUAGCUUCUUGGUGUUAAAUUUGAAAAUGUUGUUUAGGAAUUGGUAGGUAUUGGUUGGUUGUUAUACCAAAGUUAAUAAACGAGGAAUAAACUUAAA